AUGGCAUUCCUGUGCAAAGUGGUGGUGGUGGUGGUGGUGGGGCCGUGGAGAUUUGUGUAUUGUGCUGCUGGUGUGUGAGUCGUCGUCCCCCCCCCCCGGACAGGACGGGCUCCAGCGGAAACCGGACGCCACCUAAUCCGCAGCCACUCUCCAACCCGUUGGCUUAGGGCUUUCCAUUGUUGCCCCGCAGUCACUCCUUUUUCGCCCCACCGAUUAAGUAAUUUUGUUUAUUGCUUCAUUUGGCCUCUUUUAACAGGAAGCAGACACGUUGUUGGAAUCCAGCGUGCACUGCCACCUGGAUGUCUUGCCUGGACUUUAAGGAAAGACAAAGGAAGUGUGUCCUAGAUGACCAUGGUGGCUGUUGUUGGGUAGUGUAGUCGAAGGACAGGUCACGGGUUAGACCUCUGUUGGUUUGUGUGAUGGUUGUUUAAUGGCAUGGCUGCUUUCUUCCUGUUUGUACCUCUCUCUCUCUCUCCCAUUUUCACUCCUCCCUGUUGUCUGUGAGCAGCAUGAGGGAAGAGGAGUGUGAAGAGAAAGGGAUUAGGGAAUGUAUUGUGUUUGUUAACAACCAGAUGAAAGCCUAAGUGGAAUUGUAAAACAGAUGUAAUUCCCUUACAGCUGCUCCAUCGGUCAGCUAAUCCUUUUGACUAAUGUUCCCCCACACCUUAACCCGCACAACCCACACCUUGACCCCCUCCGCCCCCCUCCUCUGUCUCUGUGACCCCCCUGGCUUCAUGUUACUACUACACCUCCCCCAUCAGAGAGACACAUUGUUCUACUCAACUACCCCUCAACCACCCCCUAAUACAUCAAUGAGAAGUUGUCCUGCUCAUGCAAACACAGCAUUAGUGGCACCACAUGUAGAAAUGGGAGCCAAAAAUGCAUUUUAGUCAAUAAGCAGACACUCUUAAGGUGUCCGCAUGCUUCUCAUCCGAAACAGUUUGGAACAGUUUGUGCAUAUAUUAUGAUGACAUUUUGUACCGUUUUGGCUUUCGGCAAGGUUUUUUUAGGCUGUUUGUACACAUAAAAAAUAUUCUCGAGGCAAGCCGAAGUUCGGAAGCUGAAGGAAGCCCCUUCGUCGGUGAUUGGUUAACAGUAGGGUUUCUUUAAUGAAGUGUUGUUGUCGUUCAACGAUAGAUGACGCGUUUUCACGUGCACAUUUUUCACUUGAGAAAUACUGCACCUAACAUCUUAGUUAAAUGUAGAAUUGCGCGACAGAUCUCCUCUGUAAAAAUGUAUGCCUGACUUCUUGAGUUCUUUUAGAUUAAUUCGGACUAUUUUGAGGAAGUGUAUACUGGCUAUGGCGUCUCAAGAUGGACAAAGUACUAUUGCCUGUCUUUUAAGGGUGUAUGCGAGACACUCGUUCGGUUCGCCUAGCCAAGUUCAGUUAGGCGCCAGCCGACCCGAAGCAUGCGGAAGCCUUUAUCCAGAGCGAGUUAAAAUAGGUGCAUUCAACCAAGGUAUAUGAAACUACCGCCUAGCUUUAUCUUGGCCAGGUCACAGUUGUAAAUGAGAACUUGUUCUCAACUGGCUUACCUGGUUAAAUAAAGGUGAAAUAAAAAUUAAAAAUUAAAAAAAUAUCACAAACACUUCAAGUAAAACCUCCUUCAAAAUAGCCAAUACCAGCAAAAUCUGACAGAUGAGCAAGAAGUGGUUGUUGGGUAGGAGUGCAGACUUUACCCUGGAUAUCUACCAUGAGUCAUGAUAAUGAUCUCUUUCUUUUCUGGAGGUUUCUUUUUCUACCCCCCCCCCCCCCCCCCCCCCUCGUUUCCCCUCUCUCACGCCUUCCCUCCCCCUCUCUCUCAUUCACUCACUCCUGUGUUUGUUUUAGUUGGCUAUUGACUCCCUGUAGUUGAGGACAGUUUAACUCACUACUACCCUAAGGCAGACAUGACCCUCAUGCUUUAAAAGCUAAGGAGCCCAGGACUUGAAUUGUUUUUUUCUUCUUCUCUAGAGCACCCCCACUUAACUCAAGUCCUUGGGGAUUUCUGUUGUCCAGCCACAGAGUACCCAUUCAAUCAUCCAUCGGUCCGUGCAUUCAUCACUGUCUCCUUCUCCAUCCAUCUUAACUCCGGCUGACAAACCGGCCCACUCAGCCCACUCCCAGAAUCCACCAGGUCCCGUCAGCCACUCACUAUAAAUAAACGACCAGGCUCUUUAGGCACAGGACCUCUCAAAUGACAAACAGGGCCUACCUCCCAGGGGACCCCGAAGGGCAAAAAAAGGAGACCUUCUCACUUAGGUUUCUCAGCGGUCUGGCUCUUAAAGAGCUUAACAGACUUUUAUUUACUUGAGAAAUGCACCAGGUUUUUACUCCCAGUUCUGUUCUCUUUGAAAACAACAAUGCAGCUUUCUCCCCUAUUCUUUCCCUGGACUCUAUCUGUGGCUGUGACCAUGUUCUCUCGCAUGCUUUGAUUGGCUGCUGGAUAAAGGAAGCUCAGCGUCAGCCUCAUGCUUCCUGCUUCCUGUUGUGUUCAGCAAAGAUGAAGCCCCCUCCUCCCCUCUCUCUCUGGAACAUUCCUUUACCCUUCUUCAGUUUCUAUUCUUCCUAAAAAAGAAAUCAGCAACUGGUGGUCACGGUCUCCUGGUGAUCAUGUUCAUUGGUUUCAUUUCCUGUGAUGAAAGGCAGUAAAUGGAAAUUAACCUGAAAUAUAUGGCCACUAGGCCCACAGGCCACCCGUUGGGUGGUGUAUUCUAGAAUGCGUGUGGAUUACAGUCUCCCUCUUAGUGUAUUUGUAUUUAUUAAAGAUCCCAAUUAGCUGUUGCCAAGGCAGCAGCUACUCUUCCUGGGGUACAGCAACAUUAAGGCAGUUAUAUACAAUUUAAAAUAUUACAUGACAUUACAUUUCAUAACACUUUACACAAUACAUUAAGUGUGUUCCAUCUGGCCACUACUCUACUACCAGAUAUCUACAAUACAAAAUCCAUGUGUACGUGUGUGUAGAGUGCGUGACUUAUGUGUGUCUGUGCCUGUGUGUCUCUUCACAGUCCCCGCUUUUCCAUAAGGUGUAUUUUUAUCGUUGGGAUUCUACUGCUUGCAUCAGUUACCUGAUGUGGAAUAUAGUUCCAUGUACUACGUGUCUCCCAUAGUCUGUUCUUGACUUAGGGAUUGUGAAGAGACCUUUGGUGGCAUGUCUUGUUGGGUAUGCAUGGUUGUCUGAGCUGUGUGCUAGUAGUUUAAACAGACACCUCAGUGCAUUCAGCAUGUCAACACUUCUUACAAAAACAAGUAGUGAUGAUGUCAUUCUCUCCUCCACUUUGAGCCAUGAGAGAUUUACAUGCUCUCCUGUGACAUUGCUGUAAGGCCAUCUCACCGCAGCCCUGACCAGACGCAUCGCAGCCGUUCUCAUUCCCCCACCACUGCCACCACUGCUGCCGCGCAGAAAGAGCCUAUUCAGUUGCUAUGUGGCAUUUCUAGUAUUUACAACAAAUGUUGUUUUUUAUGGCGUGGCAUUCUUCUGCCUGCUGGUUGCUGGUGAAAGGAGAUGCUAAUGGGUUAGCUGGGAGCCUUUGGUGAGGCUUGAAGCCUACCAGAUGAGCAAAAUCACUUCUAUGCUCGCUUCGAGGCAAGCAACACUGAAGCAUGCAUGAGAGCAUCAGCUGUUCUGGAUGACUGUGAUCACGCUCUCCAUAGCUGAUGUGAGUAAGACUUUUAAGCAGGUCAACAUUCAGAAGGCUGCAGGGCCAGGUGGAUUACCAGGACUGAUCCUGGACUUCCUGACGGGCAGGUGGUAAGGGUAGGUAACAACACAUCUGCCAUGCUGAUCCUCAACACGGGGGCCCCUCAGGGGUGCGUGCUCAGUCCCCUCCUGUACUCCCUGUUCACCCAUGACUGCGGGGACUAAGCACGCACCCCUGAGGGGACCCCGUGUUGAGGAUCAGCAUGGCAGAUGUGUUGUUACCUACCCUUACCACCUGAGGGCGGCCCGUCAGGAAGUCCAGGAUCCAGUUGCAGAGGGAGGUGUUUAGUCCCAGGGUCCUUAGCUUAGUGAUGAGCUUUGAGGGCACUAUGGUGUUGAAUGCUGAGCUGUGGUCAAUGAAUAGCAUUCUCACGUAGGUGUUCCUCUUGUCCAGGUGGGAAAGGGCAGUGUGGAGUGCAAUAGAGAUUGCAUCAUCUGUGGAUCUGUUGGGGCGGUAUGCAAAUUGGAGUGGGUCUAGACAUGUUCGCCAUGUCCUACUGCCGACAAAUGGCAACUGGAACUUGUAGGCCUCAAUGAGACAAAAGACGAAUGGAGCGAAGGGAAUGUCUCAUAGUCACUUGAGUAAAUACCCUUGGAAUAAAUUAAAUGUGGGCGAUUUCUUUCAGGCGAGUGUGAGGUUACUUGCGGGUUCCAAGUAAACUUCAGCAAAGGUGCAACUGAACAAAGCUGAUAUUUCUCUGAGAAUAGAAAUCGGUUUCCUUCUUGACUUGCCCCUGGUGUUGCCUUUUGAAUGCAGACACUGGAACCAUAUAUCAUUGAUUCUUUACAUAUUUAAAGCAAUGAAGUCAACCUAGGAAAAGAGAGCUGGCUGAGGAAAGUAUGCUAUUUGAGAUCAUUGGGACACAGCCCCAUAUCGCAGGGCCUGGAAAUAGAAGAACCAAAGCAAGCUGUGUGUGUGAUCAGGGGAAACCGGUGAAUAGAACAGUAAUCCUUCCUAUGAAGUCAGAUUUGCUCGCUGUGUGUGUGUGAUCAUGUAAGGGGAUAGAGCACGGACAUGACCAGAAGCCAUUGGAAUGUUUUUGGAGCAUUUAAGGGCGGCGUUCUCAUUUUCACUUUCCUCCAUGAGACCCUCUGAGAGAUUUCACGCCAUCUUACUCGGAUUCCAACUACUGUUGGUGCACAGCUUGAGCCUACCUGUAUCUCUCCCAGUCUAUUCUCCCAUGUGUGAAAUUAGCAGACAUCUUAUCUAAGCGAUAAGGUUUCAUAUUUGCACAGGGGUCUUUUUAAAAGAUGGCUGAAGUAUGCACGUAAUGGUUCCACUUAGAGACUUUUAUAGUGCGCUACUUUUGACCAGAGUUCAUAGGGCUCUGGUCAAAAGCAGUAUGCACUAUAUAAGGAAUAAAGUACCAUUUGGGAUACACACUGUUUUUCUUGCCAUUUCUUAACUAGUUCCUAAUGAAAGUCUCCCCUGUGUGUGUUGUGUUUUCAGAGUGUCAGCCAGGCUUCUUCAAAGCCUUCGUGUCCAGCGACGCGUGCAAGCUGUGUCCUGCUAACACCCAGCUGCUGGCCUCCGGGGCGCUGCUCUGCCCAUGUGCAGAAGGCUUCUACCGCGCUCACGACGACCCGGCUACAGGGCCUUGCUCAGGUUAGGAGGAGGAGGAAAAAUGACUUUAGUGUGCACUGUCAGCAUUGGUGGAUCCUACACUGACAACGAAUGACUUUUUAUUGCGCUCAAAGUGCUCUCUUAACCAAAAUAAUGACACUAAAAAGAAAAUAAUAUUAGAAUGACCAUAAGCAAGAGAAAAUCACAUAAUGCUACAGUGGUUAACAUAAUGAUGACAUUAAUCAUACGUCAUGAACUAACAUACUAUGCCUCCAUUUUCCUGCCCCUGUUUCCUUAGGCCUGCCCUCAGCGCCGCGAGAACUGGUCGCCAUGACCACCCAGCUGGCCGCGGGCAAGCUGCAGCUGUCAUGGAGUCCGCCUGAGGACACGGGCGGCCGCAGUGACAUCACCUACAGUGUGGAGUGCAGAUGCUGUGAGGGCGUCGCGUGCCAGCCGUGCGGGGAGAAGGUGCGCCUCGAGCCGGCGAGCUUUGGCCUGACGCACACCUGGGUGGCGGUGAGUGAGCUGGAGCCCCACCUUAACUACACGUUCACUGUGGAAGCCCACAGCGGAGUGUCGCUGUUCGCCAGCCAGGGGGCACCGCGCUCCAACAGGCCCCCGUCCACAAGCACAUUGACCACUGCCCUGCACUACACAGGUGGGUCACCAUCAGUGUUGGGAUUCGUUAUGUGUUACAUUCUACACAAAGUAAUACUGUAAAGUAAAUGUAACGUGUUAUAUUACUUUGCGUUACUUUUAUGAAUCCAGGUGAAAGCUAUGAUCCCUUAUUGUUGUCACGUGUUAAAUCCACUUCAAUCAGUGUAGAUGAAGGGGAGACAGGUUAAUGAAGGAUUUUUAAGUCUUGAGACAAUCGUGCCAUUCAGAGGGUGAAUGGGCAAGACUAAAGAUUUAAGUGCCUUUGAAUGGGGUAUUGUAGUAGAUGCCAGGCGCAGCGGUUUGAGUGUGUCAAGAACUGCAACGCUACUGUGUUUUUCACGCUCAAGAGUUUCAUGUGUCGAUCAAGAAUGGUCCAUCACCCAAAGGACAUCCAACCAACUUGACACAACUGUGAUAAGCAUUGGAGUCAACAUGGGCCAGCAUCCCUGUGGAACGCUUUCGACAGUAGAGUUCAUGCCCUGACGGAUUAAGGCUGUUUUGAGGGCAAAAGGGGGUGCAACUCAAUAUUAGGAAGGUGUUCCUAAUGUUUUGUACACUCGGUGUAUACUGUAAGCAAAACAUCUGUACAGAUUUCCUAUCUUUUCAUUCAAAAUCUUUCUCUCGAGCCGCCAGUUCUGUUUAUAGACGCACGUACACGGACCCAUAGAGAUGUAUAGAGGGCACACUUGCCACUAGAUGGGAAAGCCCUCUAUGGGCAAAGAUCAGAGAUGCGUCCUCAAUACAUUUCUAUGGAGAACAGCUGUCAUGCCAUUACUCAAAACAGCCUUUCUCCGCUCGCUCGAGAACUAAAUGAGGAAACAAGACAAGGUCGGAUCAUGGGUUUUGACAAAGUAACUGUAAUAAUAUUACCCAAUUUGGAAAAAGUGACACGUUACUUUACUCUGUUACUCAUGAAGUAAUCUGAUUACGUAAUGUGUUACUUUUGUAACACAUUACCCUCAACACUGGUCACCGUACUUAGGAGUAAUGAUAGUAGAAGUAGCAGAAACCUUUUAUUAUGCAUGAUCAAAUGGGAUCUGAAAUGUAGUUAUAUGGCUUCUCAUACAAGCAUGAUCACUAAAUACUCUCACACAUAUUUCAAAAGCUCAUGGUUGGUUGAACCUGUGAAGGCUAUUGCACAAAGUCUCUGUAUUGUUGACAUCUCCCCUCCUUCCUCCUCCUUAGACCCCCCCAAGGUGACGUCCAUGCGUCUGGACGAGCGAAGCCCCACCAGCCUUUCCCUGUCCUGGGCUGUAGCCCCCCGCAGGCCCCUGCCCCGGCCCACCCGCUACGAACUCAGCUACCGCAAGAAGGUACAAUACCACCCACGCCACCACUAGCGGGUGACAUUUUUUGAUACAUAAUGACUUAAAAAUUGAAUGUUGUGAUAGUGCACGAAGGAAAGAAAGAGUAAGAGAAAGAAUGAGAGGGGUUUCAUGGAUGAUAAACGCCACAUAGGGGUAGCAAUAUCGCAUAACAAAACCGUGUACCUUAUUAUUAUUAUUAUUAUUAUUAUUAUUAUUAUUAUUAUUAUAAUAAUAAUGAGUCCUUACUGAAAGUGUAUCAACAUGACUUAUCUCAUCUUUCAAUCCCCCCCCCCCCCCCCCCCCCCCAACUCUUCCAGGAUGACAAUCUGGAUGUGACCACGUACACUGUUCUGAUUCUGGAGAAGAGCUCUGUGCAGAUCAGUGACUUGUCCCCAGGCACAGCCUACCUAUUCAGGGUAAAGGCCCUGAGCCCCGAGGGCAGCCCUGGAGAAUCCAUAGAGGAUGAAUUUGAGACCCUGCCUGAUGGUAAGGAUGACGGCCAAAUAUGAAGUUAAUAAGAAGGGAGAAUGAUAGGAUGCUAUUUUAGAUGAUUGGGACACAGCCCCAUACUACAAGGCCUCGAAAUGAAAGAACCAGUGUGUGUGUGUGUGUGUUUCUUUUUGUGUCGGUGUGUUUUUUUGUGUCAGUGUGUUACCACUGUGUCUCAGGGUUUGUUGUUGAUGUGCCACAGUGCCCCAGACCAACACGGCGGUCAUCUUCGGAGCGGCGGUUGGCGGAGCGGCCAUGUUGUUCAUCGUGGUGGUCGUCCUCUUCGUACACAAACGGUCAGCAACAACCUCCUUUUCCCCCCUCUGCCCCUCGCCCUUUGCUUCUCGCCCCUUUUGUUAAGCACGUUCAUAACACUCACCCCUUCGCUGGUUUCCUUUCUCGUUCUUUUUUUAUUUUGCCAAUUCUCCAAAUGGCCUUUCCUCCUUUCCUUUCAGCCACCUCUCUCUCCCCUCUUCCUUUUCCUAGUCUCACUCUCUCUGUAUCUGUUUUCCAGCACUCACUAGGGGAGAAUUGGCAUUGAGUGCAGCUUGUCAUUGCUCAAUGAGUAUACUCUAACAAGUAGUGGCUUUGAAUGGAAGCGGGCCCAAGUGGCACAUUGUUUUGGAAUAAGAGGUGGUCGGCUCUUCUUGUGGCAUACUGUAGCAGCUCCUUCAGCACAGCAGCACACCGCCGUCUGUCCGUUGAUCCGUCCAUCUGUCUUUUGACACGGCUUAGGAAACACAGACAGGCUCCAGUCUUUAUCAAAGCUUUCCCUCAGUGAAUCGAGGCGGCACACACCAAUGACUAGGCUUCUUUUGAAACUAAUUGGAUUUUGGAGCAAGAUUAUGAUAAUUACUUCAUUUUCUGUUAUUCAGGAGAAGGAACUCCCAUACAAGACAAGGACCAGAAGAUACCUACUUCUCUAGCUCAGGUAGACAAAAUAAAAGAAGUACCCCGCUCUCUCUUCAUGUAUUUUUAUUGUUCUUUCACUAAUGCCCAAUUAUUCGCAUUCUUAUCCAGAGCAACUGAAGCCGCUAAAGACCUACGUAGAUCCGCACACGUACGAGGACCCCAACACGGCCAUCCUCAAGUUUGCCAGCGAGAUCCAACCCAGCCACGUGACCAAGCAGAAAGUCAUUGGAGCUGGUGAGUUCAGAGCUAAAUUAAAACAAUGUGCUUAAGGGCUAAGGAUGAAGGUGUUGACAGGUUUUUCCAUCUCAUAAGUCCCUCUUUAUUCAUUUUUUUGUUGCGUUAGUGCUACAGCUUAAGCUCUUGAAUGACCGUGGGUAGACCAUCCAGAUCAGUGGGUAGACCAUCCAGAUCAGUGGGUAGACCAUCCAGAUCAGUGGGUAGACCAUCCAGAUCAGUGGGUAGACCAUCCAGAUCAGUGGGUAGACCAUCCAGAUUAGUAUUGAUGGAUUUUGUCCUCGCCUUGCAUGUUUAGACAUAAUUCAGUCUAUAAUUGUAAUGGUAGGUUUAUUUGAACAGUGAGAGACAGAAUAACAACAAAAAAAUCCAGAAAAAUGCAUGUCAAAAAUGUUAUAAAUUGAUUUGCAUUUUAAUGAGGGAAAUAAGUAUUUGACCCCUCUGCAAAACAUGACUUAGUACUUGGUGGCAAAACCCUUGUUGGCAAUCACAGAGGUCAGAUGUUUCUUGUAGUUGGCUACCAGGUUUGCACACAUCUCAGGAGGGAUUUUGUCCCACUCCUCUUUGCAGAUCUUCUCCAAGUCAUUAAGGUUUCGAGGCUGAUGUUUGGCAACUCGAACCUUCAGCUCCCUCCACAGAUUUUCUAUGGGAUUAAGGUCUGGCUAGGCCACUCCAGGACAUUUAAUGUGCUUCUUCUUGAGCCACUCCUUUGUUGCCUUGGCCAUGUGUUUUGGGUCAUUGUCAUGCUGGAAUACCCAUCCACGACCCAUUUUCAAUGCCCUGGCUGAGGGAAGGAGGUUCUCACCCAAGAUUUGACGGUACAUGGCCCCGUCCAUCGUCCCUUUGAUGCGGUGAAGUUGUCCUGUCCCCUUAGCAGAAAAACACCCCCAAAGCAUAAUGUUUCCACCUCCAUGUUUGACGGUGGGGAUGGUGUUCUUGGGGUCAUAGGCAGCAUUCCUCCUCCUCCAAACACGGCGAGUUGAGUUGAUGCCAAAGAGCUCCAUUUUGGUCUCAUCUGACCACAACACUUUCACCCAGUUCUCCACUGAAUCAUUCAGAUGUUCAUUGGCAAACUUCAGACGGGCCUGUAUAUGUGCUUUCUUGAGCAGGGGGACCUUGCGGGCGCUGCAGGAUUUCAGUCCUUCACGGCGUAGUGUGUUACCAAUUGUUUUCUUGGUGACUAUGGUCCCAGCUGCCUUGAGAUCAUUGACAAGAUCCUCCCGUGUAGUUCUGGGCUGAUUCCUCACCGUUCUCAUGAUCAUUGCAACUCCACAAGGUGAUAUCUCGCAUGGAGCCCCAGGUCGAGGGAGAUUGACAGUUCUUUUGUGUUUCUUCCAUUUGCGAAUAAUCGCACCAACUGUUGUCACCUUCUCACCAAGUUGCUUGGCGAUGGUCUUGUAGCCCAUUCCAGCCUUGUGUAGGUCUACAAUCUUGUCCCUGACAUCCUUGGAGAGCUCUUUGGUCUUGGCCAUGGCGGAGAGUUUGGAAUCUGAUUGAUUGCUUCUGUGGACUGGUGUUUUUUAUACAGGUAACAAGCUGAGAUUAGGAGCACUCCCUUUAAGAGUGUGCUCCUAAUCUCAGCUCGUUACCCGUAUAAAAGACACCUGGGAGCCAGACAUCUUUCUGAUUGAGAGAGGGUCAAAUACUUAUUUCCCUCAUUUAAAAUGCAAAUCAAUUUAUUACAUUUUUGACAUGCGUUUUUCUGGAUUUUUUUGUUGUUAUUCUGUCUCUCACUGUUCAAAUAAAUCUACCAUUAAAAUUAUAGACUGAUCAUUUCUUUGUCAGUGGGCAAACGUACAAAAUCAGCAGGGGAUCAAAUACUUUUUUCCCUCACUGUAUGUACAGUGGGGGAAAAAAAGUAUUUAAUUCAGCCACCAAUUGUGCAAGUUCUCCCACUUAAAAAGAUGAGGCCUGGAAUUUUCAUCAUAGGUACACGUUAACUAUGACAGACAAAUUGAGAAAAAAAAUCCAGAAAAUCACAUUGUAGGAUUUUUAAUGAAUUUAUUUGCAAAUUAUGGUGGAAAAUAAGUAUUUGGUCACCUACAAACAAGCAAGAUUUCUGGCUCUCACAGACCUGUAACUUCUUCUUUAAGAGGCUCCUCUGUCCUCCACUCGUUACCUGUAUUAAUGGCACCUGUUUGAACUUGUUAUCAGUAUAAAAGACUUCCAUCAGCAAGGGCAUUGAAGAUUAAACGUGGCUGGGUCUUUCAGCAUGACAAUGAUCCCAAACACACCGCCCAGGCAACGAAGGAGUGGCUUCGUAAGAAGCAUUUCAAGGUCCUGGAGUGGCCUAGCCAAUCUCCAGAUCUCAACCCCAUAGAAAAUCUUUGGAGGGAGUUGAAAGUCCGUGUUGCCCAGCGACAGCCCCAAAACAUCACUGCUCUAAAGGAGAUCAGCAUGGAGGAAUGGGCCAAAAUACCAGCAACAGUGUGUGAAAACCUUGUGAAGACUUACAGAAAACGUUUGACCUGUGUCAUUGCCAACAAAGGGUAUAUGAGAAACUUUUGCUAUUGACCAAAUACUUAUUUUCCACCAUAAUUUGCAAAUAAAUUCAUUAAAAAUCCUACAAUGUGAUUUUCUGGAUUAUUUUUUCUCAUUUUGUCUGUCAUAGUUGACGUGUACCUAUGAUGAAAAUUACAGGCCUCUCUCAUCUUUUUAAGUAGGAGAACUUGCACAAUUGGUGGCUGACUAAAUACUUUUUUUCCCCACUGUAUGUAUAUAAAAAUAUUAGUUUUGUUGUAAAUUUUGCUAGCUAACAAGGUAGAACAGUUGAAUUGGUAUUGAUUGAACACACCCUUCUUUCCGUCUCCAACUGUUUGAAGAGCAUGCUAGCCUGUUCACUUUGUUCAGAUAUUGGAAUCAGGUGGCCUACCUUAUUUCUCAGAACGUGAACGAGUUGCCAAUUCCUUAUAUAACUGUGUUUUUAUGCUUAUUUUACAUUUAUAAAACACAGACUAGACAUCUAGUAUAAGUCUUUGGCUAAAAUGCUGGUAGCGGUACGUGAUACUGCAAUGCCACGUGCGACAAACUGAUCUUCCAGAGUCAUUGUUCAGUGAUACUCCUGUUUUAGUAGUGUCUGCUCUGCGCGCAAUUUGAGGAGUUGAGACACAGAAAAGGGUAUCGUUGGAAAGGUUAACUUCUCCUCUAUUACAGUAAAAUAAUGUGUCUGUGUGUUUCAGUGUCCAUAUGACUGAUUCUGUUGGACCAAACCUUAAAUGCAAAUAGUGAGUUGAAACCGCUUGUCAGAGAGGAUGAAGUGAUCUCUCAUCUUUGUUGUUGUGAGUGGCAGGGGGAUGGGCUUUGUGUGUGUGUGUGUGUGUGUGUGUGUGUGUGUGUGUGUGUAAAUGGAAGGUACACAGAAAGAGCGAAGGAGAUGAGACCAAAAAGACAACAUGAGAACAAGCGGACAUAAACGCUAAAAGAAAAAUAAAAAAAAUAAGGGAUUCUUGCGAUACAGGCAUUUGGAAUAUUGCACAAAAACAUACAUUUUGAAUUAAUUGAAUUAUUUUGAUAUCGCCCAACCCUAACUACAAGCCACAACCAUAUAAAGGAUAAUGCUUGAAAUAUUGCCCAAUCUUGUCUUUGGGUUUUAAAACUGUUUUCUUCUGCGCCUCUAGGGGAGUUUGGAGAGGUGUUUCGCGGUAUUCUGAAAGCGCCGGGGCGGAAGGAGGGGGCGGUGGCCAUUAAGACGCUGAAGCCGGGCUACUCGGAGAAGCAGAGGCAGGACUUCCUUUCAGAGGCGAGCAUCAUGGGACAGUUCUCCCACCAGAACAUUAUUCGCCUGGAGGGAGUCGUCACCAAAUGUAAGAAGGUUCUGUUAGUCUACUGGGCGCUACCUGUACCAAGAACAGAAUGCUCCUGUCAAACAUUCACUUACCUGGUCUAUAUAUAUAUAAAUUAUAUUCCAUAUGUAUACAUUUCUUGCCUGUUUUGGGUAGUAGUUAACAGUAUUUAUUCCCUUUUUUUGAUUCCAGUCAAGCAUGCCAUGAUUGUGACUGAGUAUAUGGAGAAUGGAGCACUGGACAAGUACCUAAAGGUGAGUACAGUACAUCGUAUGCAAUUUACCUAUAUACAGUGGGGGAAAAAAGUAUUUAGUCAGCCACCAAUUGUGCAAGUUCUCCCACUUAAAAAGAUGAGAGAGGCCUGUAAUUUUCAUCAUAGGUACAUGUCAACUAUGACAGACAAAAUGAGAAAAAAAAAUCCAGAAAAUCACAUUGUAGAAUUUUUAAUGAAUUUAUUUGCAAAUUAUGGUGGAAAAUAAGUAUUUGGUCACCUACAAACAAGCAAGAUUUCUGGCUCUCACAGACCUGUAACUUCUUCUUUAAGAGGCUCCUCUGUCCUCCACUCGUUACCUGUAUUAAUGGCACCUGUUUGAACUUGUUAUCAGUAUAAAAGACACCUGUCCACAACCUCAAACAGUCACACUCCAAACUCCACUAUGGCCAAGACCAAAGAGCUGUUAAAGGAAGACCAAAGAGCUGUUAAAGGACACCAGAAACAAAAUUGUAGACCUGCACCAGGCUGGGAAGACUGAAUCUGCAAUAGGUAAGCAGCUUGGUUUGAAGAAAUCAACUGUGGGAGCAAUUAUUAGGAAAUGGAAGACAUACUGAUAAUCUCCCUCGAUCUGGGGCUCCACGCAAGAUCUCACCCCGUGGGGUCAAAAUGAUCACAAGAACGGUGAGCAAAAAUCCCAGAACCACACGGGGGGACCUAGUGAAUGACCUGCAGAGAGCUGGGACCAAAGUAACAAAGCCUACCAUCAGUAACACACUACGUGUCCCCCUGCUUAAGCCAGUACAUGUCCAGGCCCGUCUGAAGUUUGCUAGAGUGCAUUUGGAUGAUCCAGAAGAGGAUUGGGAGAAUGUCAUAUGGUCAGAUGAAACCGUUGUGUUUGGAGGACAAAGAAUGUUGAGUUGCAUCCAAAGAACACCAUACCUACUGUGAAGCAUGGGGGUGGAAACAUCAUGCUUUGGGGCUGUUUUUCUGCAAAGGGACCAGGACGACUGAUCCGUGUAAAGGAAAGAAUGAAUGGGGCCAUGUAUCGUGAGAUUUUGAGUGAAAACCUCCUUCCAUCAGCAAGGGCAUUGAAGAUGAAACGUGGCUGGGUCUUUCAGCAUGACAAUGAUCCCAAAUACACCGCCCGGGCAACGAAGGAGUGGCUUCGUAAGUAUCAUUUCAAGGUCCUGGAGUGGCCUAGCCAGUCUCCAGAUCUCAACCCCAUAGAAAAUCUUUGGAGGGAGUUGAAAGUCUGUGUUGCCCAGCGACAGCCCAAAGCAUGAUGUUUCCACCCCCAUGCUUCACAGUAGGUAUGGUGUUCUUUGGAUGCAACUCAGCAUUCUUUGUCCUCCAAACACGACAAGUUGAGUUUUUACUAAAAAGUUAUAUUUUGGUUUCAUCUGACCAUAUGACAUUCUCCCAAUCCUCUUCUGGAUCAUCCAAAUGCACUCUAGCAAACUUCAGACGGGCCUGGACAUGUACUGGCUUAAGCAGGGGGACACGUCUUGCACUGCAGGAUUUGAGUCCCUGGCGGCGUAGUGUGUUACUGAUGGUAGGCUUUGUUACUUUGGUCCCAGCUCUCUGCAGGUCAUUCACUAGGUCCCCCCGUGUGGUUCUGGGAUUUUUGCUCACCGUUCUUGUGAUCAUUUUGACCCCACGGGGUGAGAUCUUGCGUGGAGCCCCAGAUCGAGGGAGAUUAUCAGUGGUCUUGUAUGUCUUCCAUUUCCUAAUAAUUGCUCCCACAGUUGAUUUCUUCAAACCAAGCUGCUUACCUAUUGCAGAUUCAGUCUUCCCAGCCUGGUGCAGGUCUACAAUGUUGUUUCUGGUGUCCUUUGACAGCUCUUUGGUCUUGGCCAUAGUGGAGUUUGGAGUGUGACUGUUUGAGGUUGUGGACAGGUGUCUUUUAUACUGAUAACAAGUUCAAACAGGUGCCAUUAAUACAGGUAACGAGUGGAGGACAGAGGAGCCUCUUAAAGAAGAAGUUACAGGUCUGUGAGAGCCAGAAAUCUUGCUUGUUUGUAGGUGACCAAAUACUUAUUUUCCACCAUAAUUUGCAAAUAAAUUCAUAAAAAAUCCUACAAUGUGAUUUUCUGGAUUUUUUUCCUCAUUUUGACUGUCAUAGUUGACGUGUACCUAUGAUGAAAAUUACAGGCCUCUCUCAUCUUUUUAAGUGGGAGAACUUGCACAAUUGGUGGCUGACUAAAUACUUUUUUUCCCCACUGUAUAACAAAGUAUUGAGAAACUUUUGUUAUUGACCAAAUACUUAUUUUCCACCAUAAUUUGCAAAUAAAUUCAUUAAAAAUCCUACAAUGUGAUUUUCUGGAUUUUGUUUUCUCAUUUUGUCUGUCAUAGUUGACGUGUACCUAUAAUGAAAAUUACAGGCCUCUCUCAUAUUUUUAAGUGGGAGAACUUGCACAAUUGGUGGCUGACUAAAUACUUUUUUCCCCCACUGUAAGUGAAGGACAAUACGUUGCCACUGAGUUACCACAGAAACUUGACAUUAUGUCUCUCUAACAGUAUGUGUGUGCAACCAUGUGUUUCCCCCCUCAGGAUCAUGAUGGCGAGUUGCCCUCCUUCCAGCUGGUGGGCAUGAUGCGUGGCAUCGCCGCAGGCAUGAAGUAUCUUUCCGACAUGAGCUACGUUCACCGGGAUCUGGCUGCCCGCAACAUCCUGGUCAACAACAACCUGGAAUGUAAGGUGUCUGACUUCGGCCUGUCCCGAGUGCUGGAGGACGACCCUGAGGGCACCUACACCACCAGCGUGAGUUAACAUUGGACGUUAGAACGGUUGCUUUACUUAGCUCUUGCUUACACAUUUGCCUUGUAAACACUGUAUUUCAGUGUAAACUGCUCACAGAGGACUGUAAUUGAAUCAAAUGUAAUUGAACUGAACAAAACAAUGUAUUUUUUGGGCUCUGACCUGAGUGUUGUCCACUUGUUUCCCCUCCAACAGGGUGGUAAGAUCCCCAUCCGCUGGACAGCCCCAGAGGCCAUUGCCUACAGGAAGUUCACCUCGGCCAGCGACGUGUGGAGCUUCGGCAUUGUCAUGUGGGAGGUCAUGGCCUUUGGCGAGCGGCCCUACUGGGACAUGAGCAACUGCGAGGUACGCUACAAUGCUAAUGCUAACCAGGGGUUGGAACCGGUUCAGGGAACAGAACAGAAAACUGGAAAAUAACAAACAUUUUCAAGGAACGGAAACGAAAGUGAUCCAUACAGAACCAUUAUUUUUAACGCAUGUGAACCGGUUAAUAACUUUCUUUAACAUUCCAGGAAUUUUGUUCUAGUCCAACAAAAAAUGCAACAAAGUGCCUAUGCAAAGCCCUCACUCUGUCACUCAGAAACUUAUUCCAGUGUCUACCUGCAAUCUGAAAUCCUUGCCAGUGUGUGUGAGUGUUUAGGCUACCUGCCCUCCCACCUCCGAAGCAUAGGCUACUGUACUGACAUUACAAGCGUGAUUCAGAAGAUCGGAGAGAGAUUUAACUUUUUCAAAGCUAGUUAAGGAUACUAUAGGCCCAGGUAUCACGUUUCACAUUGGAUUUAUUACGUACAAAAAGGUAAGACAUGUUUUUAGUUCUGGUGCCGCUCUGCACACACAAGCUUGUUAGCUAGCUAGCUCAAAGGACAUUCAAAAUUCCUCCAUAGAAGCUGCUCCUCCUAGGUAUAAUUCUGUGGACCUAAUUCAGAUAAUGCGUGUCAUAACAAGAUGCCCAGCGCUUCAAGCCUCCUCAACCCUCUCUCGCUCUCUCCCCACCUGCAACAUUUCAGUCGUAUCUUGCACCAUAGGCUACACUUGUCUGUCCAUCACACAUGUAAACAACUAGCUUGCCUGCUCCAUCUGCACUGAUUGGUGAAGUAAUUUAAUGAGCUAAAUGUAAAAAACUGAUUUCACAGGUUAAAAAAACCCCAGAAAGGAAAAAAUAGUGGUUCUGUUCAGAACGAAAAGAUUGUAAAAUAAUUACCGUAACAUCUCAGUGAACCUAAGUUCAAGUCUGAGAUCUCAAAGUGACCUCUAGCCUCUGAUUGUCAGGUGAUGAAGGCCAUCAACGAGGCGUUCAGACUGCCGGCGCCCAUGGACUGUCCAUCAGCCGUCUACCAGCUCAUGUUGCAGUGCUGGCUGCAGGACCGCUCCAAGAGGCCCCGUUUCCCGGACAUCGUCAGCCUGCUGGACAAGCUGCUCAGGAGCCCUGAGUCCCUGAAGGCCAUUGCCGACUUCGACCCUCAGUAAGAGUCCUUUACUCUCUAGAAGGGAAUUACACAGCAAAGUGGAUCCAUGAAACAGUAAAACAGAGUGGAGCGCAAGAAAAAGGCUGAUUCUUGUUAAAUUCUUGGUAGGAUAGUGUGGCAGCAUAAUGUGUGUCUGUCUGUACAUGUUUUAAACACAUUUACAUUUUAGUCAUUUAGCGACUUACAGGAGCAAUUAGGGUUAAAUGCCUUGCUCAAGGGCACAUCGACAUAUCUUUCACCUCAGGGAUUCGAACCAGCGACCUUUCUGUUUUUGGCCCAACGCUAUUAACCGCUAGGCUACCUGCAGCCCCACAAAAGACAAAGAGCUGUCAGGUUCCUUCCUUAAUCAGUUUCUCCAUAGCUGCACCAACAGGUUUUUAUCUCACUGUUUCCUCGCAGGGUAAUUACAGCCUUUUCUCAGUCUUUGUCCUGAUUGUCAGGCAGCUGUUGAUGAUUAUUGCUCACUCUUCUCUACUUUCCCUACUCCAGCGUAUCCAUCCGCCUGCCCAGCACCAGUGGUUCGGACGGCUCACCCUUCAGGUCGGUGUCCGAGUGGCUGGAGUCCAUCAAGAUGAGCCAGUACAGCGAGAACUUUACCUGCGCCGGAGUGUUCACCAUGGACCAGGUGCUGCAGAUGAAGAACGAGUGAGUAGCGUUUUUUAAAGCGUUUAUUUUUAUUUUGGGGGGACAUUGUCUGUCACUAGAUGAGAUGAUGUUCAUCAUUAAAAAUAUCUAAUAUCUGAGAAACUAUUGAUUGCAAAUAAUCUAAGAUUGGUUGAGAGUAUAGGAAUAGAAUAGUACAUAUAUAUGUAUAGAAUAUCUGCACAAUGGACAUCUGGUUCCCAAGCUAAGCCCUUUCUUAGUUUUCCAAACCAUGUUAUGGAUGUGACUUCUGCAGAGUAUUUUGGGUUUUUGUUUUUGAUUAAAAGUCACUUUCAUAAGCCAGAGAACAGUUUACGCACAAUAUAAACUCUGGCCUCUCUACAACUCGAGAAAACAAGUGAGAUGGAAAAAAUUAUGGAGCGAGAGAAAGACCAGGCUCAUUUGUGGUGGCCUGGUGGUGGUUGGUGGCUUGUGGUUUGCCCCCUCCCCUCUCUUCCUCCCUCUGUCCUUAUUACAAUUAUCUCUCAUCCCUCCUUCGCCCACACCAGCAGCCCAGGGCAGCACUUCUGCAUCAGCCUGAACCCGCUGGGCCAGGCUGUGUAGGGCAAAGGCCCUCCUGACCUAUGCAACAUAAAAGGAAAGGAAAGGAGGAGAAGAAGAGCGAACAGCCACUAGAGUAGAGGGGCAAUGUGGAGAUAAGGAAAAUGAAGGCAAAUGUAGCAUAGAACAGUUGUGGAUGAGGAGAGGACUUUAGGGCAACACUCACCCCGAAAAGAUACUCUGACGAAGGCACUGUCCCGAAAUAUCAUAUCAGUCUUUCAAUAAUGUACCGACAAGGCUUUCCUCUUAAGCCUUAAAAUGAGCGCUGUGUGGAAACAGGGGAAACAUCUUUGAAGUGUUCCCUGGUGAGAUUUUACGGUCCCAUACACUCGACCUAACCAGGAACUAUUUACGACACUCCCUCUGCUCACCAGACAAGUGAUUGAUGGGCGAGAUGGAAAAUCCUCAUUAACUAAUUAAGAAUGUAAUUAAACCUGGUAAUGAGUGACUUAGAUGUGGGACACCUUUCCCAGAUUCUGGCACGUGUGAGGGGAUUGCCCCAAGUUUGCCCUUUCUUGAAAAUGUGAAAUUGUCCUUCCGUCCUCCCAGCUAGUCCCUAGAGGUUAUUCUCGAUAGGUUACUAGCUUUGCUUUCACUUACCUCAUUCCAUGGAGGGCCUAGUGUCUUGAGUUUUUUUUUCUUCCUUUAAAUUAAGACCUAGACAACCAGGUAAUUAGUGACCUUAAUUCAUCAAUCAAGUACAAGGGUGGAGCGAAAACCCACAGACACUCGGCCCUCCGCGGAAUGAGUUUGACACUUGACCUAAAGGAAGGGAAGAUGGAAAAAUGUGUUUGAAAAGGAAUCCGAAGCAGGUCAAGACGUGAAUUCCCCCGUUGCUGUCCAGACUCUAUCUCAAUCGCUCUCUUGUCUUCUUUUUCACAGGGAUAUCAAGAACAUUGGCGUAAGACUGCCCGGCCACCUGAAGAGAAUUGCAUACAGCAUCCUGGGCUUGAAAGACCAGACCAGCACCCUCAGUGUAUUUGCAGUGUGA